UUUUUCAAAAGACGCCACCUGCGUAAUUAUGAGUAAUUCUCAACGCAAGAAGAUUGAGGAAUAGCAUUGGAAUUGUGCGUCCAAAUCGAUGCGAGCAGUGACCCCAGACAGUAGUUGAAGGACUCGAAAAGGAAACAGGCAGCGGAAGUCAGGACCAGGAGCUGGAACAGCAGGAGGAGCUAGUGAAACCAUGUCCAAGGCUGUGAACAACAUGAGCAUGGGCGUCGUGGAGCCGCAGGAGCGGAUGAAGCACUUGUCGCAUUGUGGCAAUCUCAUCGAGGUGGACAAGAACAUGCCCGUUACGCGGUACUAUCGCUCUGGCACCGAGAUGCUGCGCAUGGCCAAUGUUUACCUGCGGGAGGGCAACCACGAGAACGCCUUCAUCCUCUACUUGCGCUACAUGACCCUCUUCAUCGAGAAGAUCCGCCAGCAUCCGGAUUAUGGCAGUGUCAAGGCCGAAGUGCGGGACAUCAACAAGAAGAUCAAGGACGAGAUAAUGCCCACGACGGAGAAGCUGCGCACCAAGCUGCUGACCCACUACCAGCGGGAGUACGAGCAGUUCCUGGCCAGCAAGGAGGCGGAGCGGGUGAGGGAGCUGGAGCGGGAAAAAGAGCGCCAGCGGCAGAAGGAAAGGGAGAAGGCCGGAGGAGCUAGCGGUGUGCCAUCUCUCAUACCGGCCAACUUGCAUGUGCUCAUCGACGAGGGCAACCAGCCAUCGGCUCCGGAUUUGGACCUGCUCGACCAGGUCGUCUAUCCCAAUGACUUCCCCACGGGCGCCAAUCGCAGUCUGCCGGGAUCGGGACUCCUGCUGCCCGCUGCCAACGAAGCAGCCGCCGACAAGACAGCCAACUCCAAGCCAAGCUUCGAUCGCAACCAGAAGCCGUCGUACAACCGUACGGAUUCUCUGCUGGCGGGCUCUUUGCGACUGGUUCAUGUUCCCGGGGAUACGAUGGAGGUGUUCCUCAAACUGGCCCUUGCCAACACCUCGAAGAACAUUGAGACAUGCGGAGUGUUGGCUGGUCAUCUGUCGCAGAACCAGUUGAACAUCACGCACAUCAUCACGCCGCAACAGCAGGGAACUCCGGAUAGCUGCAACACGAUGCACGAGGAGCAGAUAUUCGAUGUGCAGGAUCAGAUGCAAUUGAUUACGCUGGGAUGGAUACAUACCCAUCCCACCCAGACUGCGUUCUUGUCCUCCGUUGACCUGCACACGCAUUGCUCCUAUCAAAUUAUGAUGCCCGAAGCAUUGGCGAUCGUGUGCGCACCCAAGUACAACACCACUGGUUUCUUUAUACUCACGCCACAUUACGGACUGGACUAUAUCGCGCAGUGUCGGCAGUCGGGCUUUCAUCCGCAUCCAAAUGAUCCGCCGCUUUUCAUGGAGGCGCAGCACAUACGGAUGGACAACCAGGCCAAGAUCAAGGUCAUCGAUCUGCGCAGAUAGUCACUCAAAUGCAGCGAAUUCAGCAGAUGCAGCAAUAGCUCCAAUUUCGGGUGUCAAAGAGUGAUUGACCAUGGAAAUUACAGAGAUUUAGGCAGUUAGAGAAAGUAACUAUUUUCGGCAUACAGAGAGAGAUAUGUAUUUUUGCAAGCUGUUGAUCCCCGAGGAUCGUCUACACAUCACAUUAAGCACUCGGCGGCAUUUGUUGUUAUUAAUUGCGUUUCGGCCUAUCCGUUUGUUGCAUUCUUUCACUUAAGAACCCUAUGUGAUUUUUAAUUGUGGCUUACCCUUGCGUUCGUUACUAUCUACUAUAUAUUUAAUAUGUUAGGCAGUUGUCGGACAAUACCCGGCACUCACAUACCCACAUACACACACUCGGACACAGGCAUACACACACACUCACCCAUGCAGCUUUCAGUGCAAACUAUUCGGGACGCUCCAAAAAGGAGUCGUGUCCUUCUACUGCUUACUACUUGCAAUAACCUGUUGUUCAAAGACGAAUCUUCAUGAAAUGCUAUUAUUAAACUGUGCAUGCUUACCUAUUGUACUAAAACAAAUAAAUAUUUAUGACUA